CCAAGGCUCGAACCCAGAGGCGGGCACUCCAGCUGGAGCUCCUAUACCACUAGACCAAAGCAACUUGGUUAAUAUAUAACUCUUAAGACAAAUAACUCUUUUUUUUUUAACAACAAACUUUACAUAUAACUAAAACCAAGCUAAAGUAUAAUAUGAAAUGUUCAGUUUUACUUUUGAUAAGAUCUGAGAGUCAUUUACAGACCACACCAACCAAGGUAAAAUAUAAUAUUUAGACAUGCAUCAUUAUUUACUUAUGACCCUACAUUUACAUGCCUUUCCUUGCACAUUUUUUGUUCCAAAAGACAAAACAAAGAAACACGAAAAGAAAACACAUGAACUCCAAAUCUCUCACUUGUUGUGUUGUGUUCUUGCUACACACAAAUUUAUUAUCUUCUACAUCGCCAUCAUCUCUCAUCCACGUCAACUCCACAACAUCAAUCCUCAAUGUCACGUUACCACACUCCUUAUCUCAAUCCCUUGAGGAUUUCGCCCUCAAGACGUUAACAAACCAACAUCAUACCGGUUCUUUAUACCGAGCUGUCUUACCUAAAAAUUUAUCAGGAAUCGAAGUCUCCAUAGUCCGUCUCACCGGGAAGAGCAUUUGGAACGCCGGGGCCAGAUUCAGCAACGUGCUUAUUCCGGCAAGGUCAGUUUCGGUACCUCCUGCAAGGAGAGUCGCUAUUGUGUACCAAAAUCUAGGGAACUGGUCUAACCAUUGGUAUACCGUACCCGGUUACCGGUUAAUCACUUAUGUCUUAGGGUUUAGAGUUUUGGACGUGUCGGAUCAAGACAACGUCAAAGAGAUCAGUCUAAAGAUGAAGAAUCCUGUAAAGAUCUUGUUUAGGGAUUUAUCGGAUGAGAAAAUGUUGUCUAGGGUAAGUUGCGUGAGUUUCAAGGCACAAAACGAAGACAAGGAAGCUGCUCGUAUAAGCAGAAUGAUUCUCCCGGGCGUGUGUUAUGGUUCAAGCCAUGGAGACUACUCGGUGAUCGAACAUUUAGAGAAGGAUAAGAAGAAGAAGGUGGCGUUGUGGCGGACCUGGUGGUGGCUGUGUAUGGUGGGACUAGUAUUAGGGUUUGGAGUGUUAUGGCUCUUAGGGUUUGUAUGUACAAUGGGGCUAAGGAUUUUAAGAACGAAGAAGAUUCAAGUGAUGAUGGAGAGGGAAGCUAAUGAUGGUGAAGUGUUUGAGAGCAGAUGGGUUGGUGGAAGUAAAAUGCCAUCAGCAACUGUAACCAGAACCCUACCAGAGUCUGAAUCCGGAUUCGAAAACUGUUCUCAUGGAUAAAAUAAAAGUUUGAGUUUUAUAAAAAUAUGUAACCAAAACUUACUAAAUUCAAAAACCAGAACAAUCUUCUUUGUUGAGGAUCCUAUCUUUGUUCCUCAGUUUCAUGGCUUUAUCUUUUUAUUUUGCUGGCUGGAAACUUCUUCAUUCCAUCUAGAAUAUGUAUCAUAGUCCCUUUUGCCCCCAAGAACUGUAAAUUGACAUCCUAUAAUCUCCAUUUUAAUGUUGGCCUUGAACUCGAA